AUGCUGCGGCUGGUGUCGCUGAAGUUGGGGCGGCUGUACCGCUACGUGAAGCUGGCGGUGCUGGGCAGCCUGGCGGCGGCGCUGGUGCUGAACACGCACUCACUGCUGGCCUCGCUGCAGCGCAACGAGCUGUCGGAGCGGCGCUUCUUGCAGCUCAAUAAGUGCCCGGCCUGUUGGGGCACCAGCUGGUGCCGCAAGUUCCUCAACGGGCAGCUGCGGCUGGAGAGCUGGGGCCGCCUCCGCCUUUUCGACUUCUUCAACGUCAAGAACGUCUACUUCGCGCGCUACGGGGAGCCCCGCGAGGGCAGCCGCCGCGUUGUCCUCAAGCGCCUGGGCUCCGCGCAGGAGCUUGCCGACAUCGACACCAAGAUCUGCCGCCGCGCUACCGGCAGGGGCCGCUGCGACCUCCUCCAGGCCCUGCACGCCACCGAGUUCGCCAGUCUCAACGGCGAUGUGCGGCUCCUUACCCCCGAUGCUGUGGAGGGCUGGUCGGACCUAGUGCACUGCCCCUCGCAGCGCUUGCUCGACCGCCUGGUCCGCCGCUACGCCGAAACCAAGGACUCGGGCAGCUUCCUGCUGCGCAACCUGAAGGACUCGGAGCGCAUGCAGCUCCUCAUCACCCUCGCCUUCAACCCUGAGCCGCUGGUGCUGCAGAGUUUUCCAUCGGAUGAAGGUUGGCCAUUUGCAAAGUACUUAGGAGCAUGUGGAAGAAUGGUGGCUGUCAAUUAUGUUGGAGAAGAGCUGUGGAGUUACUUUAACGCGCCGUGGGAGAAACGAGUGGACCUGGCCUGGCAGUUGAUGGAAAUAGCUGAACAGCUGACAAAUAAUGACUUUGAAUUUGCACUCUACCUCCUUGAUGUCAGCUUUGACAACUUUGCAGUUGGACCAAGAGAUGGGAAAGUUAUCAUUGUAGAUGCAGAAAAUGUUCUGGUAGCAGACAAAAGGUUAAUCAGACAGAAUAAACCUGAAAACUGGGAUGUAUGGUAUGAAAGCAAAUUUGAUGACUGUGACAAGGAAGCUUGUCUGUCCUUCUCGAAGGAGAUUCUUUGUGCCCGCGUCACUGUGGACCACAACUACUAUGCUAUUUGUCAGAACCUUUUAUCAAGACAUGCCACGUGGCGUGGCACUUCUGGAGGACUACUUCAUGACCCCCCAGCUGAAAUUGCCAAAGAUGGCCGACUGGAGGCCUUGCUGGACGAGUGUGCCAACCCAAAGAAGCGAUACGGUAGAUUCCAAGCCGCGAAAGAGCUGCGUGAAUACCUUGCACAGUUGAAUAGCAACGUGAGGUAGUCCACAGAGAAAACGCUUUGCAACUAUGGCUGAAACACUGUUGCAAAAACACUAAACAAAGGAAAUGUUGAACUUAGGUAUUAAAAAGAGAAAACAAUA